UUUCACGCCGCGUGUAGUCGUCCAAGUGACCCGUUUCACGCCGCGUCUAGUCGUCCAAGCGACCCGUUUCACGCCGCGUUUAGUCGUCCGUCUCGUGUCUCCACCUCGUCCCCACCACCUCCUCACGCUCCUCCGAGUGGUCGGGGUGGCCAUCAUCCAGCAGUGGAUAGGUCAUGGCCGGUGGUGCUGUUGGCGGUGGUGCAGGAGAACUCGCCACCGCCGCGUUCGGUGCGUCGACUUGUGAUUAACACCUCAGAGGAGUCUCCAUCAUCAUCGCGAGGAGCUGCAUGAGACCGCGGGGGCCGUGAGAUGUCACGCAGAGGGGACGCACAGAGCGGAGACGGAGACACGGCUGGGGGUGAGGAGGUGGAGGAGAAGGCCGCUUCCUCUCUGCCCGUCGAGCCGUUCGUCGUUAAGCGAGAAGACAACGAUGAUGAUGAGGAGGAGGAGGCUGGGAUUGAGAUGUGGCUCCCGGUGAAGGUGGAGAGAGAAGACGGCGACGACCCAUUCAGACGCUUGCCGGAUCUGAAAGAGAACGUUCAACUUGGCGGAGCAGACAUUCGCGGCGAGGAAGAAGAAGAUGAUUGUCAGCCAGGCGGCGGUGGCCGUGGUUCCACCGUGAGGUCCGGCGAGCCUCGGGUGCAGCGUAGAGGCCGGGCGGCAGCGGCUUCACGGUCGGACGUGGCGGAGAUCGAGGUGGAGCUGGGGGACGACAUUGACGACUGCGAGAGCCCGGCCAAUGGCGACGGCCCCAAGACACUCUCUUGCCCCGUCUGCGGCAGGGGCUUCGUCAAGGCGCGCGCGUUCAGCGACCACGUGAGGCGCCACCGGGCCGAGCCCGGCGCGCGACGCGCGGGUCGCAGCGACCCCCGUCCGCUCAUAACGAAGCUCAAGGUCGCCUCCGAGAGGCGCGGAGCGACGGGCGCCGCCCCCCCCGCUGAGAGGCCCUUCAAGUGCCUGCUGUGCGACAGAGACUUCAAGUACAAGAAGUGCCUCAAGGUCCACGCGCGGACCCACACGGGCGAACGACCCCACGUGUGCCCGGUGUGCGGCAAGGCCUUCGCGUGGCGGACGCAGCUCGGCUACCACGCGCGGACCCACACGGGCGAGCGGCCGCACGCGUGCCCCGUGUGCGGCAGGGCCUUCACGGCGUCCUCGGAGCUGAAGAUCCACGCGCGGACGCACACGGGCGAGGACCUGCACGUGUGCCCCGUGUGCGGCCGGAGCUUCACGCUGUCGGGCAAGCUCAAGCUGCACACGCGGAUCCACACGGGCGAGAGGCCGUGCGACUGCACCGUGUGCGGCAAGGCCUUCAGGCGGCCGGGGGACCUCAACUCUCACAUGAGGACUCACACAGGCGAGAAGCCGCACCUGUGCCCCGUGUGCGGCAAGGGCUUCGCGUGGUCCAGCAACCUGAAAGUACACGCGAAGACCCACACGGGCGAGAGGCCGUACGGGUGUCCCGUGUGCGGCAAGGACUUCGCGCGGCAGGGGGACCUCAACUGCCACGCGAAGACGCACACCGGCGAGAGGCCGCACCUGUGCUCCGUGUGUGGCAAGGGCUUUGCCGAAUCGGGGAAGCUCAGGGAGCACACGAGGUGCCACACAGGGGAGAAGCCGCACGCGUGCUCCACGUGCGGAAAGGCCUUCGCGCAGUCGUCCAAGCUGAAGAACCACGUGGCCAUCCACGCCGAGAGGCCGCACAUGUGCCCCGUGUGCAAGAAGACGUUCGCCGAUCCGACGAAGCUCGAGGCCCACGCGGGCACCCACGCCGAGGCGGGGGAGGGGGAGGAGGAAAAGGAGAAAUCCGGGUCGGCCGUGCAAACAACGGCGGGCUGCGGUAGAUGCCCGGCCGCCGAGAGACACGCGUGCCCCGUGUGCGGGAGGGGCUUCCCCGGGCGGCAGAAGCUGGAGCUGCACGUGAGGACGCACACGGGGGAGAGGCCGUGCAAGUGCGGCGUGUGCGGGAAGGGAUUCGCGCAGCCGUCGAGCCUCAAGACCCACGUGGCGACCCACGGCGGCGAGAAGCCCCACCUCUGCCCGGUGUGCGGCAAGACGUUCACGCAGUCGGGCAGCCUGAGGACGCACGCCAGGCUGCACGCGGGCGAGAGGACUUUCCCGCGGCUGACGGACCUCGACGGCCACGCCAAGACCCACCACGCCGCGGAGGCGGGCGGCGGCGACGGCGGCGGCUGCACCGGCAAGGAGAAGCCGCACGCCUGCGCCGCGUGCGGCAAGGCCUUCCCCGAGGCGGGGAACCUCCGCAAGCACGAGAGGACGCAUGCCGGCGAGCGGCCGCACCGCUGCUCCGCGUGCGGCAAGGCCUUCGUCCUGCCCGAGAGCCUCCGCGUGCUCGAGAAGGGGCACGCGGGCGAGAGGCCCCACGCCUGCCCCGCGUGCGGCAAGGCCUUCCAGGUGGCCAAUCAGCUGCGGCGGCACCUGCGGACGCACGAGGAUGAGAGGCCGUUCGCGUGCGGAGCCUGCGCCAAGGCCUUUGCCGAGCCGGGGAAGCUGCGCAAGCACCUGAGGACGCACGCCGGCAAGAGGCCGCACGAGUGCGAUGCGUGCGGCAGGGCCUUCGCCGAGAGGGAGUACCUCCGCAAGCACCAGCGGACGCACGCCACUGAUGGCGCCAACCCGACGGAGUGAAUUGCGAGGGACGAAUCGGGUCGCGGAUCCACGGGCGGGAGAGCCCAUGCCCGAACAGUUGAUUGACGCUCUCUCGAGAGAGAAUACGAAAGCGCUGAUUAUUGAGACUUUAAGAUUGUAUUCAUUUCAGGCCCCCAGUGUUUUGAGUGUUUUGAGUUUAUGUUGAUUCAUUACGUGGAUAACGGUCCCGUUCAUCCAGUUGCCCGGCUAUUUUACACGGGAGAUUUCCGGGUGCUGUGCGAGCACGGUAGAAGCAGCGGCAGCAGCAGCAACAAAGACUACAGCGUCAACAUUAAUGAAAAAUAGGAAUAGGUUUUAACCUUUUUGGCAAUAAAACGGGAGUUGUGUUAUGAUGUUCAAACGCCAAAUAGAUUAAACCUUUUGCAAGGCAUCAUGUCUGCAUUAACCACACAUUCGUGUGGCAAAACAUGCAAAAAUAUAUACUAUGAUAAUGUAUACAUUAUGUUUGAAAUUGAUUGGCCUUGUCUCACCGGUGUUAGACCAGAGAACGCCGAAAGGAGACCAGUUCAAAGACGACACAAAUAUCAGAGCACUUAUAGCUCAAGUCGAGCAGUUACAUCUACGAUACAUUUUUGCCAGUGUAAAAUAUUACGAAAAAUACGAAUAGAACCCUUUCCGCCGGUAAAGCAGAAGCUGUACAUCAUUAGACCUCCUUUGCCAGUACCAAAAUAUAAUAAUAGGGUGUUUCCACUUUUUUCUGGCAACACAACUGAAACCUUUUUUACGAGGCAUCAUGUCUGCAUUAACCACAAUACUUGUGGUCAAAAUGCACGCCUUUUGGCGUCCUCUGGUCGAGCACCAAUUGAGACGAGGUUCAAAAGAAAGCUGUCUGGUGUGGACCAAUCAGUUUCAAGGGCAGUGCAUCAUUAUCAGUGUGUUUUUUUGCAUUUAGACCACAAGCAUUGUGGUUAAUGGAGACACGAUUCUUCGUAAAAAGGUUUCAGUUUUGUUGCUAGAAAAAAGGGGGAAAACCCCGCUAUUAUUAAAACAGAAGCUGUGUUUAGAUGCUGAAACACCAAAUAGACGAUAGCUGUACUUGCAAGGCAUCGAAUAUACAACAUCGACAUUGCAGGGAACGGGUCCAGCAGGGUCCUCAAGGAAUAUUUGACGAGGAAUAAACGUGAACUAAACUCGCGCGAAUCAAAACUAUGGUGUUGACUUAAAGCUUUCGUGACUGCAGGAAUUCAUAUUCUUUGGGUCUUUCGGUAAAGUGACGUAGAUAGGAUCAAAUUAAUAAAAGAAAAAAUAAUAAAUGUAAUACUAAUUAUUGUAUUUUUAUGAAUUUGAUCCCAUCUACGUGAUUUGACCGAAAGAACCAAAGAAUUAACAAAAAAUGGUGCUUAAGUAAUACCGUAAAAACCGUAAACCGUAUUUAUUUUAAAUGUACAGGCAAACCCCCCACCCCCCCCGGGUUAUGGAAGGGUUAGGUUCCCGAGAAAUAUCCGUAACCCGAAUUUUCCGUGUGUCAGAAACUGAACAAUUCCCCGCCCCCCCCCCCAAAAAUCAACGAUAAAAUCGCAUGUUGGAAAAUAGCUGUGCUUCCUCUACCCAAUUUACUCUUUCGUUUUCUGUCACUACUGCAGCGCACUUUCGUCCGUGUUGUACCGCUUACCUGCAUCAUAUCGCUGCACUUCCUGUGAUUCUUUCAUUUAAUCAAAUAGCUACCCUGACACUACCCACAAAUAAACGAAUAGGUUAUAUCCUGUACUGUGUCCAAUUGCUUUGUGAAUACCAUGAAGCAUAGGAAACAAACGACUAUGUAAUGCUACGAAAGGAAAAGGGACGAUGUGGCGGUUAGAGGUCUACUCAGGGUAACAAUGUAGUGACUCGCAGUGUUAUACAGAACACCACCGCUUUGGUGGAAUAUGCGGCCCUGCCUUAUGCCUCGCUCCGAGGUAUUCAUCCGUAACCUCACCACGCUUGCACUAUUUACGCAUGCUGUAUUU